CCACCCAUUUUCUUCUUUCUCUCUCUAACAUUCAUAGAAAAGAGGAUAACAACAAAACUCUCACCACCGUCACUUCCUUUCUCUCUCAUUCUUUUUUCUUUUCUCUGUAAUUGAUGAGUUUCAGCGGAGAAGAACGAGAAGAGUUUGAAAUGGAUUACGGAAGUUAUUGAAUCCGUAGUUUGCGGUUGGAGGUUUUUGGUUAUCUUUUUCGCUUUUCUGAAUUGUUUGUUAUCGACUGAGGAUAUCGUGAAUGAUCAAUUUUCUUGGGAUGUUUCACCGGAACUUGAAAUUCAGUGGCUCCUAAAAUAAAAUCCUGGAAGUUGUCAUUUUUGUUUGAACAGUGGUUGGAUAAGAAAGCAAUUCUUCAACAAGCAAGUGGUUUCAAGCCGUCGACACUGGGGUUUUAAUUAUUUGCUUUUGUAAACUAACUGUGGUGCAAUUAUUCAAAUAAUGAACACCAUGGGAAUCUUUGAGGAUAUUGGCUUUUGCCGAAAUCUUGAAUAUUUUUCGGCUCCUCCUGGGGAACAAGAGACAGCUCAGGAGCAUGAAGCUGAAGCUGUUUUGGAGGAAGAUUAUAGUGAUGAAGAGCUGGAUGUUGAUGAGCUUGAGAGAAGGAUGUGGCGUGACCGAAUGCUUUUGAGGCGACUCAAAGAACAGAGCAAAGAGAAGGAAGGUGCUGAUAGUUCAAAGCAGCGUCAAUCCCAGGAGCAGGCCCGAAGGAAGAAGAUGUCUCGGGCUCAAGACGGGAUCCUGAAGUAUAUGUUGAAAAUGAUGGAGGUCUGCAAAGCUCAAGGGUUCGUUUAUGGGAUUAUUCCUGAGAAAGGAAAACCAGUCAGUGGAGCUUCUGAUAAUCUUCGUGCAUGGUGGAAAGAAAAGGUUAGAUUCGAUAGAAAUGGCCCUGCAGCAAUUGCCAAAUAUCAGGCAGACCACGCAAUUCCUGGAAACAACAAUGACUGCAAUUCAGUGGCAUCCACUCCUCACACCUUACAAGAGCUUCAAGACACAACCCUUGGAUCACUUUUGUCAGCUCUGAUGCAGCACUGUGAUCCACCUCAGAGGCGUUUUCCAUUGGAGAAGGGAGUUUCCCCGCCAUGGUGGCCAACCGGAGAUGAGGAAUGGUGGCCUGAACUAGGACUACCUAAGGACCAGGGUCCACCUCCUUACAAGAAGCCCCAUGAUUUGAAGAAGGCUUGGAAAGUCAGUGUUCUCACUGCUGUGAUUAAGCAUAUGUCACCUGAUAUUGCCAAGAUUCGCAAGCUUGUUCGCCAGUCCAAGUGUUUGCAAGACAAGAUGACUGCAAAGGAGAGUGCUACAUGGUUGGCUAUUGUAAACCAGGAAGAAGCUUUGGCUAGGAAAUUGUAUCCCGAUAAAUGCCCACCUGUGUCGAUUUGCGGGAGCGGAUCUCUUUUGAUCAGCGACACUAGUGAUUAUGAUGUCGAAGGAGUUGAAGAUGAGCCAAAUGUUGAAGGAGAGGAAAAUAAACCCCAUGAUCUCAACUUCUUUAAUAUGGGAGCUCCUGGAUCUAGGGAGAGACUUAUGAUGCCACCUGUGGGUCCUCAGAUUAAGGAAGAAUUCAUGGAGAACAAUUCUGACUUCAAUCAAAAGAGGAAGCAGAUGACAGAAGAAUCAAAUACGAUAAUGAACCCAAGGAUAUAUACUUGUGAGUAUUCUCAAUGCCCUUAUAACAGUGCUCGUCUUGGGUUUCUUGACAGGAAUUCAAGAAACAACCACCAGUUGAAUUGCCCAUUUAGGAGUGAUUCUUCCCAUAUAUUUAGCAUGCCAAGCUUUCAAACUAACGAAGACAAAUCGUCAUCUCCCAUUCCUCCAUCCUUCAACCAUCCUAAGGCACCUGCUCGGCUGAUGAACCCGACUCCACCCUUCAGGGUAUCAGGACUUGGACUUCCUGAAGAUGGCCAGAAAAUGAUUUCUGACCUCUUGAGUUUCUACGAUUCUAACCUUCAACAGGACAAACCUUUGAAUUCGGGUAAUCUCGACAUGCCAGAUGAUCACAACCAACAGCAACAACUGCCAAAAUUCCAGCUCCAAGUCGACGAUAAUUUGUAUUCGCAAGCCGCAAUGGUGGGAAAUACCAUGCCAAUUCAGCAGCACGCUGAUUUUUCUUCCAACAAACAUCCAUUUGACGAAUACAAGGCAGCAUUCGAUACUCCAUUCGGCAUGUAUCCCAACGAUAACAUCUCCGACUUCAGAUUCGGUUCUCCAUUUAACUUGGCAUCAAUCGAUUAUGCAGCAGCAGACACACAAUUGCCCAAACAAGAUACACCCUUGUGGUACCUUUGACCCCAAAAAUACAACUCCUUGGCAUUGAUCGCUCGCUCGCCCCAUCUGAUGAUAUAAAGUAAAUAUAUUUUCAGAGGGAGUAGGAAGACCAUCUUCAUGGCCGUAAAGAAGGUGAAACUUCUUCCUAAGUAUCAAAAUGCCUAGUUGUAUACUUAUAUAUAAAUACACAUAAAUAUAUACAUAUAAAUUAUAAUGAUAAUGUGUGUGUUGUGUAAUUAGGAUGAUUCUGCAGCUACAUACAUUAAGAUGUUUUUACAUAAUGGUAGGAUAUAUAAUGGGCUACUGAGUGUAGUAGUAGUAGUAGUAGUAAAGUAAAAGUAAAAACAAGGUGAGUCACUAAUUGAGGAAUCUUAAAGCUCUCAAUUAUUAGUGUAUUUCUGGAAACUUUAAAAAGUUAAAAAAUAUUAAUUACUUGUUGCCUUUGCUUUUUUGGAAUGUUUA